UCAGAAGCCUUGCGAGUUUUAGACUUCCUGUUCGUAAGGUGUAAAGUUCAUUGCGUGUGUAUGCUUCACCACACAUUUGACGGCUGACGGGAACCCUCUGGGGGGACCAUGGCUACUGGAUGCGACUCGGAGGAUGAUCCAUCAGAGAGUCUACAGUUAAUGUUUUCCGAUACCAAGUACAAGAAAUGUCAUGAGCUGUAUGAAGAGGCUGACCGAGCUUUUAGUGAAGGUCAACUGGAUACACUGGAGAAGUUAACGCUUCAAUAUCACGUGAUGAAAAAUGCACCGGUCACCAUUAACGAGGUUUUAAAAAGAAGAAUGGACAGUCUAAAAUACGAAAACCGUGAGCUGCGUGUUUACAUAGCAGGAGCAGUAGGGGUGGGUAAGACGACCUUUCUGAAUUUGCUGAUGGGUGGAGACUACCUGCCGACAGAUCAUGGAAGCUGUACAAACAUUCUGUGUGAAGUCCACAAUAAUCCUGUCAGGUUAGGGGUGAUCCAUUACGAGAAAGGACCGCCGAUAGAUAUCAUUUUGACGGAAGACGGGGACACUGACGAAUGGCAACGAAUUCAGAGCUGUAUCAAAACCAAACAAGACAAUCAAAUCAAUGUUUCAAAAGUCCAAAUAUACUGGCCUCUUCAGAUCUUUAAGAGUGUGCAUGAAACUGAGGUCAAGGAAGAGAUCUACGGACGAAAUUCCAGCGGAAGCGUCCACCUUUCCUCUGACGUAUACAGUAGUAGUGGCCCAAGGAAGGGGACACUCCCUGUAAUAUUUAUGGAUUUUCCAGGCGUUGAUUCCGAUGAUAAAGAACUAUUUCAGCCAUAUCUACAAAACAUUGACAAAUGUCACACUUUUAUUUUUAUGAUUGACAUACGCAGAGAUCACGGGGUGCACGGCCCGACGCUGCAACAAUUGAUGUCGGAUAUUGCUACUACAAUUUCUAUGGAGAUUACGACUCUAGACCCAGAGUCUGCAUUGUUUGUCUGUACAAACUGUCCCACGAGUGUUACGAAAGAUACAAAGAAAACGACUGCUCUCAUUGACAAGAUUCUGAACAGGAUUCAGAUGUGUUGGCCGAUGGUAGUGAGAAGUCAGAUUAUCUUCAUAGAUGAUAUGACACAAAUGAAAAACGAUCCCUCUAGGUUCCUAGGUGUCCAAGAAGAAAUGGUAAAUUUCUUGAUGAAAGCAGAACGGCUGUUAUUAGAGGAACACUGCAUGUGGCUAACAAGUUUGUUAGAAUGUACAUCAGCUUAUACAAAGUUUGGAAACCAAUGGAAAUCCGUGGAAGAUGUCCAUUGUAUUGAUGUUCGAUUACGCGAGUUUCUCGAGCAUCUUCUGUCUUUCCAUGAUAGCUUGACAUCUAAUUCCGCUAUAAUAAAAGAAAUAAGAGACAUUCAAGUGAGCUACGAAGACAAAAUACGUAGAUAUCUAGACCACGAAAUACAAGUAGAUAAACUCACUUUUACCGAAGUCAUUUCGUUGAGAGAUAGAGUCGGACCUGGUCUACAAAGCUUCGUGCAAGCUUGUGAUAAAGAGAUAGAAGAUGUUUUAGAAAGAGUGAUGAAAGAAUUUCAAGAGAAAUUUGUAUUUGGAAAAAUUCAAAAAGUAGAAAAUAGAAUUGGCGAUACCUCGGUCUUUGGUAACGUGCUAAUUCUUGUUCUGUUGGCAGUGUUUAUUUGGCCCGUUGGACUGGGAAUGGCUAUUUUUGCGGUCUCGGAAUUUGCCGCUUCUGUGAUGGAGAAUGAUACCAUUUCAAAACAAAGUCUCGUAAGGAAAGUGGUAGCCAAACUUCAGGAAAAUGUAAAUGGCAAGUUAGAUGCAAUUCUUCAUGAGAUGAACAAACAGAAAGAAGACCUUGUUCACAUUCUAAAUCAAAACCAGAAAAACAAGUCAUCAACAGUUCGAGAACAUCGUUUGGAUUUGUCUGAAAAAUUCAAUGGCAUCGCCAAAAAUCUUUGGGACGUGUAUGUUGGUUUAAUCAUGAAACAUGAAUUUUCCUCCCAUGAGAUUAAAGUCGAUCAUAGUCAGGGCAUUAGUAGACAAAAUAUAAGAAUGAACACAUAUAAGGCUACGAUAACAUCACGAAAAAAUGAAAUAUUCGCAGUGAAGGAAAUUCAGAUUAAACUCCAAAGACAGUCCAUUGAAAACUCGACAAAGGAGAAAGAGGACGAUACAAGUUCAAUGCUUUAUGAUUCCUCGAUAUUCCGGGAAAGAUACCUAUUAAAGCAUUUGUCAAUGAAGAAAACCGAUGAAGACUACCCCUACUUUGUUCGUUACGAGGGAUCUGCAGACCGUGUUGACAAAGGCCAUUAUUAUCUACAGCUGGUUAUGAAGAUGUAUAAAUGUAGCCUUUUAGAUGUAGUAUUAGAGGGUGCACAAUCAAUAGACCAACAGAGGAAAAUCAAAUAUGCGAAAGGAGCUGCUCGAGGUCUACGAUUUCUUCAUAAACACCGAGUGAUGCAUAGAGAUGUGAAACUUUCCAACUAUCUGGUAGACGAUGAGGACAAUGUGGUCAUUUGUGAUGUGGGUCACUCAAAACACAUAGAUGCUGUCCAGACAAUUCAUGGUCGAGGAACAUUUAUAUAUCUGGCUCCAGAACUUCGAACUUUAUCUGCUAAUCCACACACAACAGCUUCUGACAUAUAUUCGUUUGGGAUUAUGUUGUGGGAGCUUUUCAAUUGCAGGCGUAUUGAACCUGGAUAUUUUGAUGUGAAAAGUAUCUUGAAAGGAACUAACGGGGGAGUUGAAAAUUUGAUCCGCGCCUGUCUUCAUCAAAAUCCCAAGCAAAGACCUACUAUUUUUGAAAUCAUAGCUCAACUCGAUACAAUAUUCAGUUAAUAAUGAAAAUGAAUAAGUUACACUUGGUUAGACUGGAUGUGAAACAAAAUGAAUGCAUCGAGUCGAAGGGUAACAAGCUACAAAAAAGGUGUUAUAUGUUGAUGAGUAACAUUUAUUGAAUUCAAAUCAAAAUGUGAUUCUGUAAUGUAAUUGGAAUAACAUUCUUUGAUCCGUUCAUAAUCUUAUGUGACGAAAUAAGUUGGUAGGUUAAAGGAUUCGAUUCAAACAGAGUUUGCAAACUGUCAGUAUGAAAUAACCCAUACAAAAACGUUGUCAAUGCACUAUACGAAUAUUCCUCUGAAGAGUAUAUCAUAUUUACCUCUCAGAGGAGUAAAAACAAAACAUAAUUGCAAGAUGAUAAGUAAGUAGAAACGACCGAUAAAUUUUACAAUGGGGACUGGAUGUUCUUGGAAUUCAUGAAGAAAUUUAUAUCUACAAGAAACGGUAUGCAGAUACUCAUAGAAUUAUGUACUACUUUGUGAAAAAGCUACAUACAUGUUCACAGCGAUUUUGUUUGAAAGUGCCUUAAAGCACCAUACUUUCGUCAGUAACGACAAACUUGAACAACACUACUUCUUUAAUUGUUGUAUUAUAUACAAUAAAAAUGGAAAUAGGAAAUAUCCAUAUCUUAUGGUCAGUUAUCCGAAAGAUUGCUUUGUUAAACAGUACGCUGAUUCUGCACACAACUACUCUGGAGUUCAUAUAAGUUCCUCAGGUGAUCAGGUCUUCCAACAUUGUUAACAUUCCCAUGGCCACGAAGUGUGCUCCUUUGUUUCCUGACCUGUUUUUAUAUCCUUACCACAAGCAAGAGUAGUAAAUUCGAACUCAAACGAUACAAUUGCCUGUGAUUCUUACGAGGCGGAAUUCAUUCAAAGCUCCUACAUGCCAAGGUGGAGAAAUUGCUUCCUGUGGCCUUCAACUAAGUACAGUAUUUAGAUCAAUCGACGACGUUAUAUCUAUUCACAAUACUCAUAUUCAUUCAUAUGUCGAUGUAAUAUAUCCUAGAGAAAUCGAAAUAAAAGACACCACAGAGUCUUUCA